UUCUAAUCAAUUAAUAAACUGCCAGAUGCAUCUAUGUAGGCACAGGGGGCUGCCCUCCUGGGUCUGUUUGCAGGAUUGGCACCUAAAGAUUCCCUGUAUGACCUUCUCUGUCUUUUCAACCUGUUUACUUGUAUCUCACCCAGCGUAGGGCCGGCACUUGAUAAAUAAACAAUAAAACUGGCCCUGCGUGUCUAGCAGGAAGUCCCAUAGAAACGGGUCCCACAGGGAAAAAGUGUGCAGUGUUGAAGUUGCACAGAGGGGUCCGAUGCAGUGCUCCUUGGUUUCUGUACAAGCAGGGGGGAGAGGAAGGCUGUGGUGCCUGUGGGAAAGGCGCCGAUCUGGGACUCAGUUGGAUUCUUGGCCCUGGCACAGACUUCCUGUGUGCACCUGGGCAAGUCCCUUAGACUCCUUGCACCUGGAUUGCCCAUCCACUCAAGGGGAUAAUGCUGCCCAUCUCCCACCAUGUACCUACCUGCCUUGUCUAGCCCUGAUCUUGCAAAUGACUCAUGGGCCUCCAGGGGGGUUAGUGGAGGGCCCUGGGUCGCUGAACCUAUGGCAGGACGGGGUGUUAGGGCUUUGUGGGCAGGGGCUGUGCGCCGCAGCCCGAAGCACUCUUCCCUGGGCCUGGCAUAAGUAAGUGGUGGGGGUGGGGCCGUUGUAUCUGGCUCCACAUAUGUGCAGCGUCCAGCACCACCCGAUCUGGCCGGGGCCUCUAGGUGCUACAAGGCCGGCUGCCCACAGUCCAGGAGGGGAGAGGGAGACCCUGGCAGGGCUGGCUCCAGCGGCUGGGGGUCACCGCCCCAGAGGGGCCAUGGCCUCCGCAGUGCCCUGCCAGGAGGAGCAGCCAAACGAAGCCACGGGAGGCCGAGGCGCCAAGCGAGCCCGGAGCCGCCAACCCCGCCGGGCUCAGGGCACUGCUGGAGAUCGCUGCGAGGCAAGGAAGGUGAAAAACCAGCCGCCCCCCGAGUGCAGGGAAAGAGCCGCCGGUGCAAAGCCAGCGCCCGCCUGCCCCGAGGGGAACGGGGGCGGGGAGGAUUGUGCUGAGCCGCGCGCGGGGGGGUCCCGGCUGCCGCCUCGCUUCUUCUUUUUGUGUGUGCAAGAGUCCGAGCAGCAAAUCUCUGUUUCCUCCUCUUGUUUUGCGCGGUGCAAUGUAGGGAUUUCCUCUCCCCUCCCCCAGCCCGCUCGGCUCGUGCAGCUGCGGCAAGGACGUUACUUUGUCUGGAUCCCAGCAGCUCCUGCCCGCUCCGAGUGCGAGGGCGCCAGCUCCGGGCCUGGGGAGCGGAGGGCAUGUAGCCGGGGCCAUGCACGCAGCAGCCUCCCUAUUUGCAUUGGCAAAGGCAGAGGAGCAGGAAGAAAAGGGAGUUCCGUUUGUCCAGGCAGCGGGCGAGGCAGGGCCCAGGAGCCGGCGGCUCCGCUUCUCUCCCGGGGCAGGGGGACCAUGCGACUCGGCACUAGAAAAUCCAGAGCCCGUCAGGCAGGUCGGGGACCCUGGCACAGGAGCAAAAUCAUAAAAUAAUUGCAACCGCAGCUGGCCCCAGAACGCAGCGUCCAGCUCCGCCGUGGAAAAAUCCGGGAUCCUACACAACCCCCCCAACAGCAGCAGUUUCCGCUUUCGGGAGAGCAAGAGGACGCGUUAAAGCAACAGACCCCCACAUUACCCCGCAUCCGAGGCGUGUUCCAGCGGCCCGCGCUGCAAACUGGCUUCGGGGUCUCCGGGGGCCCCGGUCUCUGCCCUGCUCUGGAUUCGGGCUUAUCCCGCAGCUCCGGCCCGGGAGGCGGCGGCCUGGCGGUAGGUGCUUGGGCUUGUUUGCCUUUUUCAGUCUUAUGUUUUUAAGUCUUUUCCCCUCUCUCCCUGCCCCCCUCAUUAAUUCCUCAGCGAAGGGAGCUUUAAUUCCAGAGGGAAACUGGCCCCCUCGCCCUAGUCUGUUCUGCAUCCCCCCCCCUCCUCCUGGUGCAAUUCGAGGAGCUUUCAUGGCAAUUCCAAUUCCCCCCCCCCCCAGGAGCACACAACAAAGGGGGUUAAACCCACUUCGCUUGCUCGGCCGCGUCCUCCCGUGUAGUCGGGGAGCGGAGCGGAGCGGAGUGUUGUUUACUAACUUUGUGUGCCGCCGGGCUGCAUAACUGCAGCCAGAGUCCGAUCCAUUGCAGCUCAGGGCCAGGCCGAGCCGCCACAUGGCUCUCGGUUCCAGCGUCUCACAAAUAAAUCGCUUCUGCUUUCAGAAAACCGCAACGGUUCAGCCGCCCAACGGGCCUGGGCCCGACCUAACCUUUGUCUUUAGAACGUAGUUGCCAGUCGGGGGGUGUUGUAGCCCUGCAGUGUGGCCUAGAGAGAGAGCCUCCUUUGCAAUGGGCAGGCUGGGCUUACAGCAAAACUCACCGCGGACAUUUUUUGUUAAGAGACGAGAGAAAUUUUUGUUCUUCUUCUGCAAAUAACAUUCCUGGCUCGGAUUUUUAAUUCUUCAUUUGAUUAUUUUUUUUAAUAAUUAUUUUCGUCUUUGUACUUUUAAAAGCCCAACAAGACUUUGCAAAAAUAAAUCGAUAGAACAAAAAUAGAUCGUGUCUCCAGGUUUCCUUUGCAAAUAGAUUUACAGCGAACAAGGAAAACACGAGGGAGGCACGGCUAGUGCUACGGAUUGUAUUUAAUGAUUGCAUCCGAAAACAGCCAGGACGGGUUAAACCCGGUGUCACACAAACACAGAUCUGAUACUGGACCUGUACAAUCUGCAGUUUAAAUGUAGCAAUCUUUGCACCGCUCUUUUGAAGCUCCAAAUGUACUGGCUAAAUAGCUGCUUUAUAGCCAAGGAAAAACACAGCUUUGCUUCUGGAAAGCGAAUUACACAUAAAUACAAUUAUCCACGCUUUUAACACAAUAUAACUUACCGUCCAGACGGAACUAACCUCACUUAGAAAAAGGAAGAAGUACAAUAGGAUGAUUCUGCUUUCCUGGGCGCCCUAAAAAUCCCGCCCCAACUCCCCAGUCUUUUGUUUCUGUUUUCUUGAAGGAAACUGAUCGCUGGAAUCUGUCACGAAACUUUAUAUAGAUGUCCUGUAAAUUCAGUGUAGAAAGUAUAUUUGUGCUAGUAAACAAUGGAUUUAUGGAACGAUUUUUAAUUAAAGUGAUCGACUUUUCUGUUAACAAAAGCGGUAGUGAAAGCUCCGGGUUCAGCUCACGGGAAGCGACUCCGGCUUGAUUCAUACACCCGCAGCCUCUUCCUCGAGCGGCGGCUGGUGCAUUUCGAGAAGGGUCGGUUAGACUCGGUAUUUUUAGCGUUUGUUUCUCCCCCGUUCUCCUCUUUUGUUCGGUGCAAUUCGGUUGCAAAGCGAGGGAAGGAGACUCGGUCCCGGGCUCGUUAAGAAACGCGCGGCAGGCUCGGGUCUCUGGGCCUUUGUUGUUGUUUUGGUUUGGGGUUUUUUUGGUGGUGGUUUGAAAUCCGAGAAAUGAGACAUGACAUUUUAGUGCGUUUAGAAAAGCACCGAGGGGCUGGGGGCUGGUGCCUCUGGACUAACGAACCCAAGGCGGGUCCCAGGCUGGCGGGGGGAACCCGAGCCCGGGCUCGCAGCCCCUUUGCG